CGUGGGGCUGGCAGGCCAUGAAGCAGCGGGACAGGAGCCCCCCCCGGAACAAGCCGUGGAAGAAACUCAAGAGCAUGGUCCACUGGUCACCUUUCGUCGUGUCCUUCAACAAGCGCUACCCAUGGGUGCAGCUGGCCGGCCAUGCGGGGAAUUUCAAAGCCGGGGACUAUGGGCGGAUCCUGAAGAAGCUCUGCCCGCGGGAGCAGCAGUGCCUGGAGCGCCUCAUGCGGGACUCGCUGCGCCCCCACGUGCCCACCUACUUCGGGCUGGCGCAGCGGGACGGCGAGUGCUACAACCAGAUGGAGGAUCUGCUGGCCGGCUUCGAGAUGCCCUGCAUCAUGGAUUGCAAGAUGGGGGUCAGGACGUACCUGGAGGAGGAGCUGGAGCAGGCCCGGCAGCAGCCCCGGCUGCGCCGUGACAAACAUGUAAGAAGAUGGUGGCGGUCGGAUCCAGGGGCGCCCAACCGCCGAGGAGCACCGCUCAGCGCGCUGGCUCAAGCCCGCUACAAUGCAAUUGGAGGGAGGCGCUUAGCUCCAAGUGCCGACGCUAUAGGCUUCCGCAUUCGAAGCAUCAAGUUAAAAACACUUUCGUUGAUCAGUUCUACACCCUCCCCUCUUCCUCCCCAGACAAACUACCUGGAGCGCUUGAAGGAGCUGCGGGCGGCACUGGAGCAGUCCGAGUUCUUCAACACCCAUGAGGUGGUGGGGAGCUCUCUGCUUUUUGUCCAUGACCGGACGGGAUUGGCCAAGGUCUGGAUGAUCGACUUCGGCAAGACGGUGCCGCUGGCCGGGGAGCAGACGCUGACGCAUCGGCUGCCGUGGGUGGAGGGGAACCGGGAGGAAGGCUACCUCUGGGGGCUGGACAAUCUCAUCACCAUCUUCAGCACCAUGGAGCAGGACUGAGCCGGGGCCGGCGUGCUGGGGACAUCCAGCCCCGGCUCUGUGCAACAGCCGAGCACUGCCGUGCAGUGCCCUCCCGGCCUCUUAUUUAUACAGCCAGAUAUGCUACAGCCCAUCCGCCUGGGCCGGCUUCCAGCGGCUCAGACGACCCCACGCCAGGGAUAGGAUGGGGCAGCGCCUGGCCCGUCACACAGACAUCAGGGGACCCGGUUUACACCAACUAACGGGAAGGGCGAGAACUAGUCCCGUCUCGGAGCAGAGCCACUUCCCGCUCAGCUGUUCGUUCCACAGCCCAGCCCGAGGGAGAGCGAGGCUGGGGGAACCCUGGGAAGGCCGAGAUUG